UUCCUUACAGACCCUCUUGGUGAUUCUUCUUGGUAAUUUCUUCUCCCUUGGAGGCUUGCAGUGGGGCAUCCCCCAGGGCAGGGCCUUCUCUGUGGUGGCCCCUAAAUGGUGGAACUCCCUCUCAAAAGAGGUAGGUCUGGCACUUUCCUUGCACAGCUUCCAGAGGAUACUGAAGACUCACCUCUAGAACCCGGCUUCUGACAUCUGAGGUGUCUGUUUUUAGGACCCAGCUCGUUUUUAUGCUUGUAAGUUAAAAUGGAAGAACAAUUUGAGGAUGGGAACCUUGUGCAAGACCUGAAGGAAGAUCCCGAGGAGCGAGACCUGGCCUCUAGUCUCCCCGAUGGAACCCUCGCUCACAGCAGCCCAGAGACAGGAAUUGACCUAUGGAUAUGGGUCCCGUAUUUGGAGGGACCCAGCUGGAACAGCGACCCCUUGCAAGACCUGGAGCGGUGCCUGAGGGAGCUGCCCCAGAACCCCCCCAGCCAGCUGUGGUUGCCAACUGCCAGCUCCUCCAACAGCAGCUCCCCGGAGAGGCAGCACCCGUGGACCAUGGAGGAGGUGGAGGCCCUGAGUUCAGCCCAGGAAGACACAGGAUCAAAGGUGGAUUGGACUUUGUGGCAGAAGGGGACGGAGUUCAGUCCUUGGAGCGCAUUGCUCUCUCCAGAGGAGGAAAGGGGGCUUCCUUCCACCCAAAAACCAGAGCUUAUCACCAUGGGCAGCCGAGCUUUGUCGGCCUCCCCGCUCCCCAUCCUGGACAGAUUCCUGGCCAACAUCGCCAUGAGCCAGCUGCUCCCCUCCAACAUCCCACCUGGCGAUGCCAAGAGUCCGGGCAACGUGGCACCCAGGAGAUCCUGGCAAGGGAUGGUUGGCUCACAUCCCACAACAGAAGCUACUGCAGAUCCUGGCCACCAACCUGUACUAGAUUCCUGGAAGGAAGAAGAGCAAGAAACAGCAGCAAAGAAGAAGCCCCUGAAAGGGGUGCUGAAGCGCCUGAAGGAACUGAUUAACCGCCACCCGCCUCACAUAUUCCGCAGGAACCUCAACAGCAGCCGGCAGUCAGCCCUGCAGCAGAAGACAAGGAAAGGGACCUGUAGGUCUCCCCAUGGCCAAGUUAAAAUGGAAGAACCAUCUGAGGACGGUAACCUUGUGCAAGACCUGAAGGAAGCCCCUGAGGAGGAGCGAGACCUGGCCCCUAGCCUUCACUUGGCUGUGGAAGAAACGAAGGGACAAAACUUUUAUUAAUUUGGACACAAAUGAGAAGUUAUUAAACAUUUUCCUUAUG